AUGGUACCUGGUGUGUUCGGCUCUGCCACUUGGCAGUGUCGUCAUGCACUGGCAGCACUGGUCAUAGCUGGUAGUUUUAGUGUCUGCACCGACCAUGGCACCGUCCAUGACACCGACCCUGGCACCGACCAUGGCACCGACCAUGACACCGACCCUGGCAACGAACAUGGCACCGACCAUGGCACCGACCAUGGCACCGACCAUGGCAACCACCAUGGCACCGACCAUGGCAACGACCCUGGCACCAACCAUGGCAACGACCCUGGCAACGACCAUGGCACCCACCAUGGCAACGACCAUGGCACCGACCCUGGCACCAACCAUGGCAACGACCCUGGCAACGACCAUGGCAACGACCAUGGCAACGACCCUGGCACUGACCAUGGCACCGACCAUGGCACCGACCAUUUGACAUUCUGGGGUAGGCCUGGGAUUUUGUUUGAAGACUACAUAUUUGUUCAGCUACAUCUGUAA